AGUUACGUAAAGACAUUGAACAGUUGUGUAUGCAGCAAGCUGGUCCUGGUUACCUUGUUGUGGCUACUCGAAUGCAUUUUCAGAGGUAUAUUAUUUAUCUCAAGUCUAUCAGAUGAAGUUGUUAUCAUUAAUAUUUUUUUUGGUAGGUAUGCGUUGGCAUUAUCUUUUCAAAUUGGAAAUAAGAAUGCAUUGUGAAUUUAUCCCCCCCAUUAGGACAGCUGGCUUGGAGCAGGAGAUUGAGAGCUUGAAAGAGAAGUUAACUGCUUGCACUAGAGAGAAGUUAAAUCUCCAAGAGGAGCUUUCGGAAGCUUACCGUAUCAAAGCCAGUUGGCUGAUUUACAUGCUGCAGAGGUAUCAAAGAAUAUGGAAGCGGAGAAGCAGGUUAAAUUUUUCCAAGGUUGUGUUCCUUCUGCAUUUGCUGAACGAGAUCAUUCAAUAAUGGAGG